AUUGUACAUCUCGUCGCACACAGCACCCCGACUUUCUUUUGAUUUCGCCUACAACAUCCUCUUGACCGAUCAUGUCGCUCGCCCCGUCCUUCUCAUUGCUGCUGUCGACUGUCGUGUUAGCUGUGCUCGCACGGUAUGUCUUCAGCAAGAAGCGGGACGUCAGUUACCUUCCUAGCCCUCCUGCCAGUGAAGGCAGCUGGAUUUGGGGCAAUGAGCGUCAGGUGUUUGAACACCAGGCCUGUGAGAUGUACAACAAGUGGGCCGCUCGGUUAGGCCCGCUCUUCAAGAUCAAGGCCGCACUUUUUCACGGUGAUGUGAUUGUUGUAGCAGACAAUGCAGCAGCAGCACACGUCUUCCAGUACUCGGAGAGAUAUGUGAAAGCUCCGAUGUUCCGACCUAUCGUGGUCAAACUCCUCGGGAAGGGAUUGGUCUGGGCGGAGGGCGCAGAGCAUAGGCACCAACGCCGACUUCUUGCUCCCGCUUUUUCUCCGGAAAGCGUCCGUGGCAUGGCCGAUGAUGUCUGGGAAUGCGCUGAGAAGCUCGAAAGCAGACUCACUAACCAAAUUCUUUCGAAUGGUGGGGAGAUGACUAUCAAUAUUGUCCCUCACACCUCCGCGUGCACCCUCGACAUUCUUGGACGUACUGCCUUCGGUCAUGAUUUCAACAUGGGCGAAAGCACAGAAGCGAAGGAAAUAUCCGCAUCCUGGCACAAGGAUGUGAACAUGGGCUUGACGUUCGCAGGUUUCCUCGCUCCUAUCCUUCUUUUCACAUUCCCCUGGAUUGCCAAACUCCCCAUUGGUGGUUUGCAAGAGGAAGGUGUUGCCAAGAGUAUCGUCACCAAGUUAGCAUCGCGCAUUCUCGAAAAGGGACAGAUUUCAGACAAGGGCAAGGACAUACUGUCUCUACUGAUCAAGGACAGCCGGGACCUGAAGGGCGAGAAGGGCCUCUCGCAUGCACAGAUUCUUGACAACAUUGCCACGUUCCUCAUGGUUGGGCACGAAACUACUGCAGGCUCCCUUAAUUUCACCCUUCUUGACCUUGCGCGCAACCCCGAAGUCCAGCAGAAGCUCCGUGAGGAGAUACAGACAUUCGGUCAGGAUUUGGACUAUGAUAAUGUCCAGAAGCUCGAGUACCUCGACGCAGUUGUACGCGAAGGUCUCCGUCUUCACCCUGCUGCGCCCCGUACUGAACGGGUUGCUUUGGAAGACGAUAUCAUCCCCUUGAGCAAACCGAUUCGUACAACCGACGGAAGGACACUUACUUCCCUGCAUGUCAAGGCUGGACAGGUCUUCCACCUGCCCUUCGCAACCAUGAACGUAAACCCCGAUGUCUGGGGCCCUGACGGUCAUGAAUUCAAGCCCGAACGCUGGCUGACACCGGGGGGCGUUCCCCCGUCGAGUGAGCUGCCUCGUGGAUGGGGCAAUAUCGUCACUUUCUGCGACGGACCACGGAGCUGCAUUGGGUACCGACUCGCUAUCGUCGAGUUCAAAGUUAUUGUGGCGACGCUCAUCCGGUCCAUCGAGUUCAGAAGCACAACAGCGAACAUUCGUCGCGUCAUCUCCCCCACCCUGCAGCCCGUCAUCGACGGCAAGGGUGGUCUCCUUCCCCUCCACAUCUCGUUGGCGCAACAGAGUUGAGCGCCGUUGGAACGCAAUAACCCCUUCUGGACUAAUAUUCACACACUUAUCGCUGCCGAACCAGUGGUCUGCUGACCAUGUCGCACACCCACUUGUCGAGGCGGCUGUGGAGUCCAUUGUAUAGAACACUUCGAUGCGCACACUCUGCACGGACGCUCGCUCCUCCCAUCAUGCAUCGGCGGCACAGUAGCUUCUUUGGGUAUCUCGGAUAUACUAUUCACUGGCAUAUUGAUAUUGUUUUGGAGUUUAUCAAUACAUACGACGUUCCUCUGCCCCGACGCGAUC